AUGGUGGAUAUUGCUAAGAAUAACCCCUUACCAACCCAUAAAGUCCUCGCUUUCCCUUCGCUGAACCACAACACACCGCCUAUCCGCCCGAGCGCGGUGUCAACCUUGGGUAGGAAGCCAUGGUGCGCGGAGAUUCGUCUCUACCUUGUUUCGCGGUCCUCAUCCUCCGUCAAGGCGCACGAGCUGGACCAGAAGAUCCAGGAUGUCUACAAGCGCAUUCAGACCGAGCGCAAGGUCGUUGAGGCCACGCAGCGCGUCCGCCAGGCGACCACCAACCCCGAUGUUCUGAGAUCGACCGAUGCGAAGAUGAGGGAGGCGGAGAGGUCGCUCUCCUAUUUCGAGGACCUACUACGCCAGUUGCAGUCUCGCAAGAUGGCGCAGGCCCAACAGGACGAUCAGUCAAGAUCAGGUAGUCCCGCUCCUGGUCAGGGCGGGGCAGCGUAUGGCCAGCGAGGGGGACGUUCAUCGGGAAGUGUUCCUCAGUCACCUGGGCCGGACGGCUCAAGGCGUGGUGCGCACAGCCCGCAGUCCCCAGAAUUGCGCGCGACUGGUCCCGCUCUUCCCGGAGACGAUACCUAUGGCGCGCCGAAGCCCAAGACAUAUACGAACUUCGAUCUGAUAAAGGCGGACACCCCGCAUACUACUGCGAAGAUAUCACGCAUGCUUCACGAACUGGAGUUCAAGCUCCAGGUAGAGAUCCAGUUGAAGAAGGGCAUUGAUAAGAUGGCAAAGCUUUUCCAAGCUGACGAUCAACUCCUGCAGACGGCCCUCAAGCGAUAUAAGACCCUUCAUAUUUUGGAUGAUGCUGAAGAGGACGAGGAAGUCGGUGUACCCGGCGUCGGCGGCCCUGGAGGCGAGGGCGAACGUAAGGACGUUCGCUCGAAGAACUUGUCCGGGAAGCUGUACAUCACAUUGAAGGGCGCACGGGAGUUGGAACAUGCGCCUCGGUAUCGCUCUUCGAAGCAAAGCGAGACGUUCGUUUCGUUUAAGGUCGAAGGUCAGGAACGUGCGCGCUCUCAUCCAACGAAGACGGAUCGCUGGAUGGAGGAGUUCGAGAUUGUCAUCGACAAGGCCAAUGAAGUCGAGAUCACGGUUUACGAGAAGUCUCCGAGCGAUCAGUAUCCCAUUCCAACUGGUCUUCUCUGGGUCAAAAUCAGCGAUCUCGUCGACGCGCAACGAAAGCAGAAGGUGAUGAUGGAGAGCGGCCAAGGUGGCUGGGUCACUGCUGGUGCCAUGAACGGCGACAGUGCACCCGGCUACGAUAACCGUGUCGUUCCGCCAUCGUCUUCCAUGCCAUCAAUGGGGCAGCCAGAGGGUAUAGAUGCCUGGUUCGCAGUCGAGCCGGCCGGUGCCCUUGCCUUGCAUCUCAACUUCGACUUUAACUACCGCGAGCUAGCCAAGGAGAAUCUGCGCAAGCGUCCCCUCGAUGCCCCUGGUGGUCUCGCACGGCAGGCCGCUGUUCGUAAGCGCAAAGACGAGGUGCAUGAGAUGAACGGCCACAAGUUUGUCCAGCGCCAGUUCUACCAGAUCAUCCUCUGUGCUUUCUGCAAUGAAUUCCUGCUGAACGCUGUGGGGUAUCAGUGCGAAGAUUGCCGUUACACUUGUCACAAGAAAUGCUACGAGAAGGUCGUGACGAAGUGUAUCUCGAAGUCCAACAAUGGGGAGGACGACGCGGAGAAGAUCAACCAUCGUAUUCCCCAUCGGUUCGAACCUAUUACAAACAUCGGUGCGAACUGGUGCUGUCAUUGCGGCUACAUGCUUCCCCUUGGUCGCAAGAAUGCUCGCAAAUGCACCGAGUGCGAUAUUACUUGUCACGCGAACUGCGCCCAUCUUGUCCCCGAUUUCUGCGGUAUGUCAAUGGAGACCGCCAACCAGCUCUUGCGACAAUGGCGGAUCAUCAACCAGUCUCGCGGAGGACGGACAAUGACCCAGGCGCGACAAACCGCGCCUUUCUCUCAGCAGCCGUCGCCUCGACCGCAACUACCGCCUCCAGGACCAGCCAUGGAAUCGCUAUCUACUGAGAUGGAACGUAUGAAGAUGACCGAACCCCCACUUCCUCAGAAGGACGCAAUAUAUGCGCGUCCGCAGACGCAGACUCCCCCUUCAGAAGCGCUUUCGCCACAAAGCGCACAGAUCGGGUACGCCGGACAACAACCACAGAUACCUCCCGGAGGUCGCAGCCCGCUCCGGCCGGCGUUCCCAACAGAACCAAUAUCGCAGCGCCCCCCACCCGCCGCAUACGAACAGCAAGAGGGAUAUGGAUAUCAGGCACCUCCCCAGCAGCAAGUCGUUCCUCCUCCGCAGGCGGGUGCUUACGUUCGUCCUCCGGAGCGCCAGUCGUCCCUCGCCCCAGCGCAACAGAUGCAACAGCCGUCGGCGCAACAAUACCAGAAGCCGGUUGCGCAGAAGCGUAAGGUCGGCCUCGACGACUUCAACUUCCUCGCCGUCCUGGGUAAGGGCAACUUCGGUAAGGUUAUGUUGGCAGAGGAGAAGAAGACAAGCAGCCUGUAUGCUAUCAAGGUGCUGAAGAAGGAGUUCAUCAUCGACAACGAUGAAGUCGAAAGCACUCGUUCUGAAAAACGCGUCUUCCUCGCCGCGGCAAAGGAACGUCACCCAUUCCUCCUUGGCCUACACUCCUGCUUCCAGACGGAGACCCGUGUCUAUUUCGUCAUGGAGUACGUGAGCGGUGGUGAUCUCAUGUUGCACAUCCAGCGCAAGCAGUUCUCUCUUCGCCAAGCCAAAUUCUAUGCGUCGGAAGUGUUGCUCGCCCUAGAAUACUUCCACGCCGAAGGCAUCAUAUAUCGAGAUUUGAAGCUGGACAACAUCCUGUUGACGCUCGAUGGGCACGUCAAAGUCGCGGACUACGGUCUGUGUAAGGAAGAGAUGUGGUUUGGAUCGACGACUAGCACAUUUUGUGGUACACCGGAAUUCAUGGCGCCCGAGAUCUUGCUCGAGCAACGUUACGGCCGUGCUGUUGACUGGUGGGCAUUUGGUGUGCUGAUGUAUGAGAUGCUUUUGGGACAGUCCCCGUUCCGUGGCGACGACGAGGAUGAGAUCUUCGAUGCCAUCCUUGAGGACGAGCCGCUGUAUCCCAUUACGAUGCCAAGGGAUGCUGUGUCUGUCCUACAGAAGCUCUUGACCCGUGACCCGACUCGGCGGCUGGGUUCUGGUAAAGCCGACGCCGAAGAGAUCAAGAGACAUCCAUUCUUCAAGGACGUGAGCUUCGACGACGUUAUGAACAAGCGCAUUCCUCCCCCGUAUUUCCCCACGAUUAAUGGCACCGCUGACACCAGCAACUUCGACGAAGAGUUCACCAAAGAACAACCCACGCUUACUCCUGUACAUACGCAGUUGUCCAGCCGCGAUCAAGCCGAGUUCAACGGCUUCUCCUGGGUUGCGAACUGGGCGGACAUAUAA